CUUUUACAGAACGAAACAGACACGACCCCGUCUCGAUUUGCCAUCCGCAAAAGGGGGAUUGCUGUCACAGAACCUGGCAACCUCACUGCUCAUACGUACCCCAACUAUAAAACAAGCGGAGCAUCUUCUUCGGUUGGCUAAGGCUAGGAUAACCAACUUUCUUUCCCAGUCAGUCAGUUCAUCUGGGUCAGUCAGUCCAUUUGAAGUGAUCCCAACACAACCAAAGAUAAUGACAAUGACCUCACCGAUGCACCGCUGCAGUGUCUGAGGAUCACUUUUGGAGGUUGGAUCAUGAAUGAUAAACUGGUCUUCCUUGGCCUGCUUUACUUUGUCCAGGGCAUCCCCUAUGGUCUCCAGUCUUCCUUGCUUCCUGUCUUCCUGCGUGGAGCUGGUCACUCCCUCACCCGCAUCGGUUUCACCAAGAUCCUCUACUUCCCCUGGGUCCUCAAGGUGUUCUGGGCCCCUUUGGUGGACCGGGUCGGCACCAAGCGUCGCUGGCUGGUGGGCACAGUUUCUGGCCUGGCUCUGACAUGCCUCUCCAGUGCUGCCUUGGCCCCGGAAGCACAUAUCUGGGGAGUAGCAGGAACCCUGCUGGCCAUGAACACCUUGGCCUCCGUACAAGAUAUUGCUGUAGAUGGGGCCGCGGUGGGGUUGUUGAAAGGUCGCGGGGAGCUGGGGCUUGGCAAUACAGCCCAGGUCGUGGGCUAUAAAGCUGGAUCUGUGUUUGCUGGAGGGGGGCUGCUGGCUGUGAUUGACGUGGCUGGAUGGAGCUGGAUGUUUAUGCUGCUGACGUUUGUGUACGCGGGCGUGGCUCUGUUUGUGUGGGGGGCCCCUGUGCUGGAUGAUGAGAGUUUGAGGGGCCAGCAAGCAGAUGGCAGCAGGAGGGGAGGGCAGGGAGCAGACGCCAUGAGGCCAUGGAGGGUGUGGAGGAAGCUGCUGGCAGUGCCUGGCACCCCUUGGACAAUCCUGUAUGUGCUGACAUACAAACUAGGUCCCCUCGCCACUUGCCUGAAAACCUCCAGUGCUUAUACAUGCACUCCGGUGCUUCGAACUCCCAGUACGGGCAGAGCGACCCACUACAGUUUCCUGGCAACUCUGGAGGUGCUGGGGAAGCUGAUGUUCAGCGCUCUGGCCGGAGGCAUGGUGGAUUGGUUUGGUUUCCAAGUGGCCUUCCUCUUCUUCCUCACCCUCUCCGCCGGGACAGCAUUGCAUGUAUGGACGGCUACCUUCACUGGUGCUCUCAGGGAACACCAGCUCAAAGAACAGCCCAAGUGAGAUCAGGCUGAGGGUGACAAGUCCUGAUUUGGGGCAUCUGCUGGUGCUGAAAAUGUGUUAGAAUAACUUGAGUUUGACCACCAGUAUUCAGACACCUCAAAAGUCUUUGAAUUAAAUAUAACACUCAUGACUUCAACACAUCAUUUCAGUAUAGGAGAUCUUGAAUAAGUUGACUUUCCUCUUCUUCCGCCAUUUUUUUUAAGGAGAAAUCAGCCAUGCGGUUAAGUACUCUGUUCCAGAGUGUUUUUUUGUCAUUUCACUGGCAAAACUGGCCUUACAUUUUAUUUAUUUUGCAUUUGAAAUAUCCGGAAAGUCUUAAUAUUUACAGUAACGUGAUGAAACUUGCAGAUAGUGUGUAAGUAAGGACGAGCAAUUUGAGUUUGCUGUGUUGAGUUUUUUGGACCGGAUGGGACUGGUGCAUCCAGUCAGUGUGAUGAAUUGAUGUGGUUUAGCUUGUCAGGCAGUGAUGUACAGUCAGACUGUAUUAAGAGUUGAGAAGUACUUCGGGAAAAAUAAUCAAAGCUGUUUUUUAAAUCAUCUGAGCCAUUUUAAUGUGAUAAUAAGCCAGCAAUAAGAGCUGUAGCCAAAAGCAAUAUCACUACUUUGUGAUGCUUGUUUGAUCACAUUGUGCUGUACAUGUUCGUCGGCCUCUUGAGUUGGAUUGUUUACACUUAUAAAUGAAUUCAUCUCUACUACCUCGUAUCAGCACUGUAUGGUAUGAUACACAGGAGGUGAAUGUACAGGAGCUGCACCAAGUAGAGUCACUCAUUCACAAUAAAUAGUUGCAACUUAUACGCUAUGUUACCUGAGCAACAACAGUUAACCAAAGUAGGUUUGUAGUUACUGCGACUGUUUCUUUUUAGAAAGGUAAAUAAACAUGCAGUUCAGCUGUUGAAUGAGGAGCAUUUAUUCAGUUUAAUUAACCACAGAUUUUCAGAGUAAAAUCCCUUUCCCUUUGGAAAAGAACCUUGACAGCUUACUUCUUGUAGGAAACCCCAGCCUUACACACUGUCUCAGUUUUUCAAUCAAGAAUCAGACUAGACAAUAAAUUCUGAAAAUAAUGUAUAAGACCAAUACCAAUGGCAAAUUGCAGUUUUUGAUAAAGUUGUUUCUUUUACUUUUGUGUUUUAUGUUUGAAAAAUGUCAACAAAAUAUGCUGUAACUCUCUGUGGGUACUGUAUACUAUAUAAAAUAAUUUUCUCCAGGCUCAAAAUACGAACGAAACAGCUGCUCUGUGGGAAAAUGUAUUGCUAGAAAUUAAGUCUUAAAUUGAUAAGGGAGGCAGAUUAGUGUACAUAAAGGCAGCAGUCUCAGCAAAUUAACCCAAAAUAACAUUUUUUAAAAACAGCUGCUUUCACCCACAUAAUAAAUAAAGGGACGCCAUACCACAUCAUUACUGGUUCAUCCACGUAGCCAGAGAUUUGCACAAAAAAUAAAGCUGCUGAGUGAA